AAUCACCCUAGGAUGUCCUUUGCUGAGCAGCAGUGCAAACAGCCAUGCGUGCCACCUCCAUGUCUUCCAAAGAUCCAAGAGCAGAGCCAGGCAAAGGCUGAGGAAGUGUGUCUCCCCCUCUGCCAGGACCCCUGCCAAGAGAAGUGCCUGGUGCAAGCUCAAGAGGUGCAGCUUCCUCAGUGCCAGGAGUUAAACCAAGAAAACUGCCCACAUCAAAGCCAAGACCCCUGCCCACCUCCAUGCCAAGACCAAAGCCCAGCUCAGUGUGUACAGCCAUGCCAGGAGCCAGCUCAGACAAAAUGUGUAGAGGUUUGCCAACAGAAAAUCCAAGAGAAGUGCUUACCCCCCGGCAAGGGAAAAUAGCUGCUCAUAAUGCCAUUUGGGGUCAAGAAGAUGAUUCCGGCCCAACCCCAGCCUCUGCUGUGGUGACCUUCUCCAGUGGGUACUUCUGUGUGCACCCCGUUCUUGCCUUCUGGCUUCCUCAAUAUUCCAGGACUUGGUCUGUAUCUCUGAAGACAGCUCUCUCUGUAUUUCAUCAACUUCUGUGAAUAAGUACUGUGCUCAAUCAUCUAGUAG